AUGGACGGCCACAAGCACGGCCGCAAUGUCUCCCGAUCAUCAAGACCGCGUAGCUCAACCAAAGGGCCAUUAGACCAGCCAGACGACCCUCUGAAGGUUGAGAGCUUAAGCAAGAUUCCCACACCAUUGCAUCAAAAUGCGGCAGACUAUGGGAUCUAUACGGGAGAAUCAUUCAGCUCAUUGGACCCUCUAGCCCCAGAACUUCCACCAGAACUGGAGAAGGACCUCUCGUUUCUUCUUCGCUAUGACAACUAUCAUUCUCUAUCACAAGUUGACAUCCCGCAUGCCUUGCGGUCGGACUUUAUAUCCCCCAAGUCUGAUGAGAGUUUGGCUUCGUCACUCGUCACCCUCGAAAGACUCCUGGCUGAAGGCCAUUUCCUUCUAGCGGCCUACCUAAGUGGCACGAUUCUAACAUCACCUCUGAUAUCCCCGACGGAUACCAAGCUGAUAUUUGCGCUUUUCUACACACGUCUUGCAUGCCUGGAGCUCUCCGGAAAUACGAACAUUGCAGCCCAAGAGUCAAAGGCGCUGGAAGACCUAAGCUCCACGUUCUACUACGUAGAACCCGAACUUGAAGCGGCCGAUGCUCCUGACCACGAAUCAAGCUCCUCUCAACAUAUCGCGCCGUGGCCGCUCCGCGUUCUAGCCAUCCGGCUGCAAAGUAUCGGAUUUGGAGACCCGCGCAGGGGAAUCGGAGGCUUGUACGAGAUCGGACUCGAAGCUCGCAGGGAGAUCAUGCGUCCAGACAUCGAUCCAGCGGAACGUGAAAUCUGGAAACAGAGGCUGUCUGAUCUUGGGGUGCGGACGGUAAACGCACUGGUUGAAAUGGGAGAUUUUAACGCGGCAAAGAGAUCACUGGAGAGCUUGAGGAUCACGGAGUCAGCCAACGAUGCUAUAAAGCUGAGAGCGGUACUUCUUCUACUUGCCAUUGGCGAUGUAGAUGCUGCGAGGCAAUUGUGUGCGGGUUUGGCGGAUACCGAGGACGCAAUAUUCAAGCCUCUUUUUAGUAUGGCUGAGGGCCGCUAUGACGAUGCAGUUAUCGAAUGGCGCGAUAUUCUAGGCAACAAGAGCAGAGAAACGGACGAGGCGGUUGUUUCCCAGAAUCUGGCUGUGUGUCUCUUGUAUACUGGCCGCUUAAGUGAGGCACGCGGGGUUUUGGAAUCCUUGGUUCAGGAACAGCACUCCUUCUCCAGUCUUGUUUUCAAUCUGGCGACCGUCUAUGAGCUGUGCUCUGACAAAGCUGUACAACUGAAACAUACGCUUGUCGAAAACAUUGCCAAACAGCCAGUCACAGGUCAUACAAACCUAGAUCGCUUGAAUGCAGAUUUCAAGUUGUGA